CUUCGGACCUCCACCUGAUCAACCCGCAUCCGACGCAGAACGCAAACGUGACACAGCUCGUCUCUGCCUUUUGCCCGAUCAGCCAAUCACAGCUCGACAGUUUCGUAAGUCACGUUGUUAACCCAAACCCUAAUCCACGCCCACGAAGCUGUAACCACGCCCCCAACGUUGGCAAAGUUUUUGAAGUCUCUGCAGCUGUCCUCGUUUCACCUCCUUCAGUGGAUUUUUGCAGCACUUUGAUUUCGCGAGUGAAUCUCUGAUGAUCCAGUAAUCGGACAGUAUGGUUGUGAAUUCUGUGCACUGGUUCCGCAAAGGUUUGCGGUUGCACGAUAAUCCGGCGCUACAGGAGGCCCUGAAUGGGGCUGACACGGUGCGCUGUGUUUACAUCCUGGACCCCUGGUUCGCUGGAGCAGCUAACGUUGGCAUCAACCGAUGGAGGUUUCUGCUGGAGGCUUUGGAGGACCUGGACAGCAGUCUGAAGAAGCUCAACUCCAGGCUGUUUGUAGUCAGAGGUCAACCCACCGAUGUCUUCCCCAGGCUUUUUAAGGAGUGGAACGUGACCCGGCUCACCCUCGAAUACGACCCUGAGCCAUAUGGGAAGGAGAGGGAUGGCGCUAUCAUCAAGAUGGCCCAAGAGUUCGGAGUGGAGACAGCCGUCAGAAACUCGCACACGCUCUACAACCUGGACAGGAUCAUUGAGAUGAACAACAACAGCCCUCCUCUGACCUUUAAACGCUUUCAGACUAUUGUGAGCAGGCUGGAGUUACCAAGGAGACCUCUGGCUCCCAUCACCCAACAACAGAUGAACAGAUGUCCCACUCAAAUACCCGACAACCACGACCAGCUGUACAGUAUACCUUCACUGGAGGAACUAGGAUUCAGAACGGAGGGUUUACCUCCAGCUGUGUGGCGGGGAGGAGAGUCGGAGGCCCUGGAGCGGCUGAGCAGACAUCUGGACAAAAAGGUUUGGGUCGCCAGCACUCGGGUCAAGACGUGCUCGCUGUACGCCAGUCCAACGGGCCUCAGCCCGUACCUGCGCUUCGGCUGCCUGUCCUGCAGGGUUUUGUACUACAACCUGAGAGAGAUCUACAUGAAGCUCUGCAAGCGGAGCACCCCCCCUCUGUCGCUGUACGGCCAGCUCUUAUGGAGGGAGUUCUUCUACACCGCCGCCACCAACAACCCAAACUUCGACCGCAUGGAGGGAAACCCCAUCUGCGUCCAGAUCCCAUGGGACCAGAACCCCGAAGCCCUGGCGAAGUGGGCUGAGGGUCGGACUGGGUUCCCCUGGAUCGACGCCAUCAUGAUGCAGCUGAGGCAGGAGGGAUGGAUCCACCACCGGGCCCGGCAUGCUGUGGCCUGCUUCCUCACCAGGGGCGACCUGUGGAUCAGCUGGGAGAGCGGCAUGAAGGUGUUUGAGGAGCUGCUGCUGGAUGCAGACUGGAGCGUAAACGCCGGCAGCUGGAUGUGGCUGUCCUGCAGCGCCUUCUUCCAGCAGUUCUUUCACUGCUACUGCCCCGUGGGCUUUGGACGUAGAACCGACCCAUCAGGAGACUACAUCAGGCGUUACAUCCCCAUCCUAAAGGACUAUCCCAACCGGUACAUCUACGAGCCGUGGAACGCCCCCGAGUCUCUGCAGAAGGCGGCGAACUGUGUGGUGGGAGUGCACUACCCCAAACCCAUGAUCAACCACGCAGAGGGCAGCAGGCUCAACAUCGAGAGGAUGAAACAAGUUUACCAGCAGCUCUCUCAUUACAGAGGACUCAGUCUGCUGGCUUCAGUCCCAACGAUCCAGGAGGAGGCGGAGCCACCGAUGACAGACGAGUCUCAGACCAGCAGUGGUCCUGAUUCUCCUACCAGGAUUCUCGCUGAUGUUGAAGCAGCCGGAUGUUCCACGGCUCCAGAUUCCUCCACCUCAGUCUCACAUCCGCACCACAACAAAGCACAGUCCCACAUUCGUCCCGGACUGGAUCCCUGCACGUCCUCGGCCCGACCUACUUCCCCAAUCACCAACAUGUCCCACAUUCCCACAUCCAGGACCAAACCCGCUUCCUUGUCCUCUUCCUGUCCCUCCUCAUCCCUCAGUCUGUGCCCUGGAGUCCUUCAGAACACCUCUGUGGGAACGAGAAGGAAGGGCGCCAUCCGCAAGGUGCGACAAAGCCAAAGACAGCGAGGGCGACCGUCAUGCCCGUCGACAGCCAGAGAGGAUGAGGAGGGAGAGGAGGAAGAGAGGAUGCAGGAGGAAGAGGAGGAGGAGAGGAUGGAGGACGAGGAGACGGCAGCAGAGAUGACAGGUGCCCUUUAAACCGAACAGUGACAAACGCCGUCCAGGGGCUGGGAACAUCAGGAUCACGGACACGACGGAACAGGUCAAGCAGAUCAGAACAACUUUUUUUAGUUUACUCAAAGACUGGAAUAAAAUCCCUCCAACUGAGUAACUCCGGUUUAGGAUGAGUUCUGUUCUCAUGUCCUCCUCCACCCGGGACUCCUGUGUGUUUUAUACGGAUCUGUGAGACCUGAGCAGGACCCUGACGGACAGAUCUACCUAGAAAGUCCAGAUCUGUUCAUUUUAGUUCUGGUCAGACCAGAAGUCCUCCCAUCCUCCUUCUCUGGAAGCACCAGGAGUCACAUCCAUGUUUCUCCAGCAUCUGGACAGUUUGGAGUCUUGUUCUAAUCAGAAGGUCAAAAUGUUUCAGGCGACCUUUGACCCUGUAAUAGACAGUCUGUGCACUCAGCAGCAGCUUCUCAUGCUGUCGUUUCAGCUCAACAGUACCAAAAAUACAUUCAGAGUCCUCAGCAGGCUUUAUCUGGUGACCUCUGACCUGCACAGCUUCACCAAACCUGAGAAUUCUGACUUAAUUACUUCUGAUUUCACUCCUCGGAAAAAUCCCAGAUAAAGAAGGUAAAACCAGCAGGAGGUCUCACCCAAGCUGGAUCUGUGAGCCCAACUGGAUCAGACCUGGUGGAGUUUUUGCAUCUUCAUCGUUAAAUCAGAUGUUUGAGUCCCUAAGAGGCUCAGAUGAGACGUCGGACUUUCCCUUUUCUGCUGUUUCUCCUGGAACUCUGAGAAGUAAGUCUGGUUCAGGUGGGGUUCACCUGUGAGGCCGGUCGGUGUUAAGCUUGGUUUAAGCUUGACUCAUUCACUUUCCGCUUGGUGAUGCGGCUCGCGGAUGGAACGCGCUUCACAACUCGCAGCGUUUAUGGUUCAUGCGGCUCGUCUCUGCGGUGAGCCAAUAUUCUCCCAAACUGUAGGGGGCAGCAUGGAGCUCUACUACAUGCAUCCAACACUACACCAUAGUAGAAGUAGAAAUUACUGUUUACAACAUGGCAUUCCAGCAUUUUUAACAGUGUCCUCGUCUUUUCCGACAGUGCGAGCUAUUUCUCUCCAAGAAUUAUUAACAACAUGUUGAUCACGGUGAUCUCUGAGAGCUGAAUCAUACAAAUGUCUGUAUCUACGAACCUCUGCCAUACUAGUUCUUGCCGGUCCGCCAUGUUUUUCCGUGUCCGACCGUCCGCGUGGUUAGAAAUUUUUCUAGGUGCGUGUUGCGGAAGGUUUGGGCCGUGCGGAGGCGCGGUGGAGGGGCGUGGUUGUUAAAAUGACGCAAUUUCGCCGCGCGGAGCCGUGCGGACCUCGCGGACGCGUCAAGCAUAAACCAACCUUUAGUCACCAAAAUAUCAAAUAAGGGAUUUUUAAAACAUUCUGUCACCUUUUAGAUGACUCGAGGAUUAAAAUGACUUUUGUCUCCUUCGUUCAAAUUUAGGAAAUUUAAGUUACAGUUUUAUUUGCUUUAUUUUCUGUGGAAUAUUUGGUUUAAACAUAAAGCAUAAAAGAACACAGAUGAGCCAUAAAAUGCAUUUUUAUUAAAAAUGAGUUUUUCAGACUUCUCUGGGAUGUUUUCACACUUCAUUGUGAGAAAAUCCUGAUGAAUAUUUUAUAUUUGUGUAAACAAACGGGAAUUCUGAUAAAGUGAAAACGCUUGAUGAGACGGGAAAAAUAAAAACUGAUGAUCGUCCUUCAGACGGCUGACUUUGAGACAUUUUCUGGUUCUGUUUCUGAAAUUCUGCAUGUUAAUAUGUAAAUAAUUACCUAUGAAUGUUAUAGAAAUAGCUGAUAUUUCUGUUGGAUAAUAUUAGUAAAUCUGGAUCCUGUUGGUGUUCAGCAUCGUUCUCAUUUUCAUUAUGAACAUCUCUGCUUGUUUGGCCUAAAUGUCCAGUUAUGUGUAGUUAUAUUUUUACAUUGUAUUUAUGAGUUUUUGUAUAUAAAAUAUAUGAAAUGG